AUGGCCGGAACGUCAGAAGGUGGCAAACUUAAACAAUCUACAGAUUCGAACAAACAAAAGGAUAGUGAAAGACAAGACAAAACUGCUAUAAUUGAAGGCUUGCAAAAGCUGCGUGAGCAACAAAGAAAUAUUGUGGUGGAGCUAUCGCGAGUGGAAGAAGACAGACGAGAACAUGCGCGAGUAGUAGAAGUAUUGAAAAUGUUGGAUGCGGAGAGGAAGUGCUAUCGAAUGGUUGGCACAACACUAGUACAGCAUAAAAUUGGCACUGUGAUACCUAUACUAGAAGGAACACACAAAAAUGUAAGUUUGUCUAUGUUCAUUCCGCCAGUCUUGCAUCACUUUGUUAUUUUUAACUGGGAAUUUUGUGCAGUGUCACCCAGAAAUUCAAAAUUUGAUCCUUUGCCAAAAUUCUAUCUCUUCAAUCGUUAA